ACAGUAUUUUUUAAAUAUAGGAAACAAAAAUUGCCUAUAAUGCUGUAACCAAAACAAUGCACUGCAACGUAGAACUUGUAGUAAUUAUAAUUAAUAACUUGCUAGAUGACAAAGAAGCUCAAUUUAUGAUUUUAUCAAAAAAAAUUGAUAAUUUAACAUUUAAAGUUGAUAAAUUAUCGGAUUUUAUCGAAAACACUGAUGAAAAUAAAUCCAGCACUUUUUCGGCCAUUAGGUCUGAAAGCAAAGAAAAGAAUACUUUCUUGAGUAAAUUAGAUCAGAUAGGAUUUAAACCCAAUUUGGAUGAAUGUAAAAAAAAUACUGAGGAAGACAAGGAAAGUUUGUUGUCAGAAACUAAUGAUAACUUAAUAUCACCCACGUUGGAAAUGGAAAGAUUUGAUGCAUUGUCAGUUCUUCUAAAUUUUGAAUCUGAAAAUGUUGAUAGUUUAUUUCAUAAGUUGAAAGCAUAUGGAUUUACCGACGAGUUUCGCAAUAUUAUAGUAUUAAAGAAAUUUAAUAAUGAUUAUGAAAAAGCCAUUAAUUCUCAACCUUAACUUCAAUGAAAUAUAAAAUACAAAUACUACAGUAAAAAAAAUUUAAAAGAAUAUAAUUUUUUUUUUGAAUGUAAUUUUAUUAUAUUAUAAUAAUAUUAUCAUGCUCUUAAUACAUUAUUGUUAUUAA